UGGACAUGUGUGGAAAAGCAGGAUACCUAGUGUGUUCCGAAGAUGUCCUCGUUCUUUCACAGCUUGCUUCAAUCAAAGCCUGAAUUUUGCACCAGCAUCGACAGACAAAGACUAUACGAAAAUAAAUAGCCGCAGGUGUUAUUUUGCUAAAACUCAGUGUCAGUCUCACAUCAAAGAGGAGUAUGUCAGUACUACCUCCCCGCGGUAGAAAUAAAAUAUGCGUCCUCGCGGUCUUCGCGUUGCUUUCGCAUGGCGUGGUUUUCUUUCUAGCGCUCGCGGCAAAAACCACUCGGAAAAAUAAACGCCGAACCCCACCGCAGCAGCCGCCACCUGAGAUGAUUCCGCCGGAGCUAGCAGCAGGAGUAGGGCCGCCACCGCCGCAUCUGACAGGGGCUCCCGCAGGUAGUUCCAAGGAUGGCACUGAGAUGUUUCGCUGUGACGCGUGCCAGAUCAGUCUGACCAGGCUCCGGGACGACGUGCAGUAUUUAAUCCAGAAGGAGCGUAUGCUGUGCAAAUAUGUCUGGAUGUCUGGAAGAGUGUAACUUGCGACGCUGCAUUUGGAUGCUAAAAAAAAAGAUCUGAAUUGCAUCAACAGCAACUACAGGAGUCUUCACAUGUGGCUAAGCGGAGAGGAGAUUUAUUGUCAUGCGGACACGGCGCAUCGAUAACUAAGCGCUCAAAAAAACUGUGAUGCUCGGGCAACAACAUACAUCACAGACAUCAUGGGUCAUGGAAUAUUUAACUGUGCAACGACAAACUUUUCUUCUUCCAGACCCAGAUCGACGAUAUUUGCAUACGAUAGAGCGCGCGUGGAAAAAGCAAGAUCUGCUGAAACGGCUCGACAUGAUGUGCCAGGACCCCGCGAUGAACGAACAGUACGCGCAGCAGCAGUGUCGCAGCUUUCUGUCCGACCGGAAAAGCCAGAUCGCCUCCUUGGUUCGUGAGCGCCAGGACCCGGACAAGGACGCGUUUGAGGACAACUUUCCGGACGUGAAAAAGCUCUGUCUGGACUGGCACGAGUGCGUCCCGGGGCAGAAAACUCUGAACGAAAUUCUCAGCGAGAUGCCGGCUCCGGGGGAGGAAAAAGCCGCACAUGACCCGGCCAAAGUUGGAGCGGACGAAUUGUGAUUUUUUAAAUCACUGGGAUCUGUGACAGCGUGGCCUUGUACUAGUGUGGUGAAAUAGCAGCUCUACUGUCAACAUCCAGGAACUUGAAGCGGUAGGUGAAUUUUCAUCUUUUGUUCGAGCUUUUUGUAGACAAGACCUCGAUGUUCUUCAUUUUCCGCAGUCAUCGUGGAUGCUAAUGCACAUCAAGUGUGGUCCGCAAUGGAUAUCCACUUUGCCCGGAACAAGAGGGGCGCUUUUGAU